ACAAACGGGAUAUUCAGCAGUGGCCUGUGGCUGCCAGAGCAACUCCUCAGGGGACAUCCAGCGGCGAAGCAGACUGCACCGUAAUCGCCUCUAGAAAAGCGGCCCGGCCCCGCCUGCCGCGCACACCCAGCUACCUGGGCUACCCUGCGGCGGCGCGUGCGAGCGAGCGGGAGAAGCCGGGGUGCGGGGCGCGCCGGGGCGGGAGCCCGGGCGGGUGCGGAGCGCGCGGUGCUCCGGUGUGCGCGCCGGGGUGGGGCGAGCCCCGAGCGUCUUCACCAGCCAUGAGGGGCGCGGGCGCCUGGGCCCCGCUCUGCCUGCUGCUGGUCGCCGCCGCCCAGCACUCGCGGCCGCAGCUCUCCGAGAGACCUGUUUUCACAUGUGGCGGCAUUCUUACCGGAGAGUCUGGAUUUAUUGGCAGCGAAGGUUUUCCUGGAGUGUACCCUCCCAAUAGCAAAUGUACCUGGAAAAUCACAGUUCCAGAGGGAAAAGUGGUAGUUCUUAAUUUCCGAUUCAUAGACCUGGAGAGUGACAACCUGUGUCGUUAUGACUUUGUGGAUGUGUACAAUGGCCAUGCCAACGGCCAGCGCAUCGGGCGCUUCUGCGGCACGUUCCGGCCUGGAGCCCUUGUGUCCAGCAGCAACAAGAUGAUGGUGCAGAUGAUUUCUGACGCCAACACAGCUGGGAAUGGCUUCAUGGCCAUGUUCUCUGCCGCGGAACCAAAUGAAAGAGGUGAUCAGUAUUGUGGAGGCCUCCUUGAAAGACCUUCCGGCUCUUUCAAAACCCCCAACUGGCCAGACCGUGAUUACCCUGCAGGAGUCACUUGUGUGUGGCACAUCGUAGCCCCGAAGAAUCAGCUUAUAGAAUUAAAGUUUGAGAAAUUUGAUGUUGAGCGUGAUAACUACUGCCGGUACGAUUACGUGGCUGUGUUUAAUGGUGGGGAGAUCAACGACGCUGAAAGAAUUGGAAAGUAUUGUGGCGACAGCCCCCCUGCGCCAAUUGUAUCUGAGAGAAACGAACUUCUCAUUCAGUUUUUAUCAGAUUUAAGUUUAACUGCUGAUGGAUUUAUCGGUCACUACAAAUUCAGGCCCAAAAAAUUGCCGACAACCACUGCACUGCCUGUUACCACCACCUUUCCAGCGACUACAAGUUUAAAGCCCACCAUGGCCCCGUGUCAGCAGAAGUGUAGACGGUCGGGGACUCUGGAGAGCAAUUACUGCUCGAGCAACUUCGUCUUGGCCGGCACUAUCAUCACCACCAUCCCUCGAGGUGGGAGUCUGCAUGCCACGGUCUCGAUCAUCAACAUUUAUAAAGAGGGCAAUCUGGCAAUUCAGCAGGCCGGCAAGAACAUGAGCGCCAAGGUCCUCGUGGUCUGCAAGCAGUGCCCACUCCUCAGAAGAGGUUUAAAUUACAUAAUUAUGGGUCAAGUGGGUGAAGAUGGCCGAGGCAAGAUCAUGCCCAACAGCUUUAUCAUGAUGUUCAAGACCAAGAAUCAGAAGCUCCUGGACGCCCUGAAGAACAAGCAGUGUUAACACUGUGUCCAUUUAAGCUGCAUUCUGUCACUGCCUUUGAAAGAUCUUUUUUUCUCUGUAGAAGAAGAAAAUUUAUAACCUGAAAUAUUGAGCAUUCAGAGAGAUUUACUCUUCACAGGAUGUAGGUAGGAGAGUUGCUGAUGGAAGUUCUGUUGCCAGCACGGAAGAGGAGCAGAUAUCUGAUGGGAAGCCUGCAGACUCAGUGGGGUGAUGUGACUAAAUGUAUCAAGCGUUGACAGUUUGGAAGCAGUUUAUUUAUGUAUCUCUGUAAAAGGAUAUUUUAGAAAUGAGUUGUGUGAAGAUGUAAAAAAGAGAUUUUUAUACGUGCAAUAUUUAUAGUGAUAUUUGUUUUACCUUCAAGCAUUUGCUCUGAGGUGUUAUAUUCUUCUCUCGCAUUUUUAAAACCAGUGCUUAAUAAAUAUUUUUAAAUGAUUAUA